UCGGCGCCACAAGGUCUUACCAGUUUGCAAAAGCAACCAGAUGUGUUCUGAUCGUGAUCGAAGGGCGGGUCCCCGGCGUAUGACCGAAUGAUGGUUUGAGGAGGGUAUGCUGUUGGGCGCAGGAUGCAGGUGCAAUUUGGCGAUUUUUUUUUUCUUUUUUGAGAAAGAAAACACGGGGCUGCAGUUUCCGCUGACGCAGCAUUUUCUGCGAUUCUUCGGGUUCCUGUUAUGUACUCUGCUGGAUCGAGGCAUUGGGAUGGAGGCUGAAUUCUGCGCAGGUCAUACACCUUGUUCAUCUCAGGAAGAAAGUGGAGAAGAACUCUCAGUGCUUCCUAGACACACUAAAGUCAUCAUUACUGGUAACAAUAGGACAAAAUCAGUUUUGGUUGGGUUGCAAGGAGUUGUCAAGAAGGCUGUUGGACUUGGUGGUUGGCAUUGGCUGGUCCUGAAGAAUGGGGUGGAAGUAAAGCUUCAGAGAAAUGCUUUGAGUGUUCUAGAAACCCCAACUGGAGAUGAGGAUGAAGAUGAAAUAGUCUAUGGUACUUUCUACAGCACCUCUGUUUGUGCUGGUUCAGAAUUCUACAAGUCAAGAAAGACAGGGGUUCCACAUACCAGGUCAUUGAUAUCUUGUGGAGAAUUUAAUGGCCGGAGUGGCUAUGAUAACACUCAAUCCAAUGGAUUUAAGACUCAAACAAGAGUAAAUUUGUCAAGACUUGGGACAACUACCUUGUGGAGAUACUGGAGGCACUUCGAUCUGGUGAGUGGUAACCCAAACCCAACAAAGGAACAAAUGGUUCAUGGAGUGCAGUGCCAUUUCCUCUCUCAGAACGACCCAUUUGCAAGAAGCAACUGGAUGAGAAGCAGGUCAUUGAGGGCUUUAUUCAUGCUGCAAAAAGGUUGAAGAGACUCCAUUCCUAAGAAUAGAGUGAUUGCAAAUCAAUGUGGCUUUCAGUCAAUGCAAAAAGAGUGAAAGAAGACUCUCUACUCUGUGUUGUAUGCUUGUUGAGCUUAACAUUUCGGAAUCAAAGAUCCGAACUAUAU